GAUGGAGCAACUCGCAAUCCGGCUGCUAUAAAAACCGUGGAUCGCUCGGAUUGGAGCAUCAGUUGGCUUCCUCUUCUGCUACGUGAAGUUCCAUAGUUUUCAACCCCCAAGCAAGAAACUUCCAGCAAUGAAGAUCUUUGUGUGUCUCCUGGCUACCUUGGCUGCCACCGCAUCGGCUGGCUUCAUUGGCGGAUCCGGCGGUGGUGGCGGUGGCGGUGGCUACAGCUAUGGAAUCGGUUCCGGCGGCGGUGGUGGUGGGCACCAGGAGGUGAAGACCAUCCAGGUCAUCCACCAGGAAGGUGGCGGCUACUCCGGCGGCGGUGGUUACGGCGGCUACUCCGGUGGCCAUGGAGGCUACUCCGGCGGCGGCCACCAGGAGGUCAAGACCAUCAAGGUGAUUCAGCAGGAAGGUGGCGGCUAUUCCGGCGGUCAUGGCUUCUCUGGUGGUCACGGUGGCUACUCUGGCGGUGGCCACCAGGAGGUGAAGACCGUUAAGGUCAUCCAUGAGGAAGGACAUGGCCUGGGCGGCGGCGGUUAUGCCGGUGGCUUUGCCGGCCAUGGACACGGACAUGGUGGCCAUCAGGAGGUGAAGUUGGUCAAGGUCAUCCAUGAGGAAGGCGGUCAUGCCCACGGACACGGCGGCGGCUACUCCCACGGCGGAUUCUCUGGCGGUCAUCAGGAGGUUAAGACUGUGAAGGUCAUCCACGAGGAAGGACACGCUUUGGGCGGCGGCGGGGGCUACUCCGGUGGCUUCUCCGGUCAUGGACAUGGACAUGGUGGCCAUGAGGAAGUGAAGGUGGUCAAGGUGAUCCACGAGGAGGGCGGUCACAGUCAUGGCGGACACGGUCACGGUCACGGUCACUCGCACGGCGGAUUCGAGGAGGUCAAGACCAUCAAGGUCAUUCACGAGGAUGCUGGCCACGCCCACGGCCACGCCCACGGCCAUGGACCCGCCCCCAUCAUCAGCAACGAAUACCUGCCGCCCAGCAAUGAGUACCUGCCCCCCGUGUCCGCUCCCCAGCCCGGAUACCUGCCCCCAUCCUCCAGCUGGAAGUGAUUCCUUGCCAUUCGAUUCGAGCCAUACUGAUCCUUGAGUCUUGUUAAGUAAUUUUAGGUCUACUUUUUUUU